AUGCCUGCCAUCCAUCAUCUCUCCCCCUUUUCACCACCAAGAAAAAAGUCAAGGCAUUCACAACCUCCAAAUUCCCCCCUUGUUGAGCAACAUCCGUUAUUACUAUCACUGCACAGCAAUCCCAUCAGGCCCAACAGCCCUUUUUGUUAUAUAUCGGGCGACAUCUCUGCAGGCAUUCAGGGAGCCAGGCAUACUCAAUUUGGACUAUCCUCAUUAGAUCACUUGAACAAACUAAAAGCGGGGCUGCUUCCAUUUGGGUUCCAGCCGAUUGACCACACUGCCCCUCCUAGAACCCCCACUGAUAGCUUCAUGGACAAUCCUGAAGACGAUGUGAAUAUAUCUUGUUUGCUGAAAAUGGGACAUUUGCCCCAGAAUUCAAAGAAAAAUAUUGAAACAAAAACGCCUAGGUUCUUCUUGUUUGGUCAACCCAUUCUUAUUGAGCAGCAUCUCUCUCAGAGCUGCUCUGGAGAUACUAUUGGAAACAGUUUGUCAGAUGGGAAUUUCGAGAAAACAGCAAGUCUAUCUGAGGGUUCAGGAUCAGCGGUCGUUCAGAAUGGUCUAUCGGACUGCUCUUUGGAUGAAGGAUUUACCAGUUAAACACACGGGAGAUAAACCCUUCAGGUAAUAUCGUGUAUAUCUCAACUUGUAAUAUAUGUUGUGCAACCAUCUCUUCUACAUACCUUGGAUUUUAAUAGGUUUUGUUUUGUCAUAAUCAUUG